AAAGAUUUCGUGAAAAAAGAGAGAGAGAUUUUAAAAAACCUAGCCGCCAUCUUAUCGCCUCUUUUUCUCUCCUCCCCUCUUUCUCGUUCGUCAUCAGCCGGCAACUCCCUCUCUUUGCCGUGGAAAAGGCCAGUCGCAGCCCAUCCCCCUGUUCGUUUCAGUCCAGCUAGCCGCCGAUUAAGCCGAUUCCCGUCUUUAGUUUUCUUUCUCCAUCAUCAACCACGAGACCCACGACGACCCAUAAGCUCCAACCAUCAACAAGAACGUUCCAGCACCGUUUUUCUCCCUUUUUGACGAGGAUUAAGCGUUUUCGGACACGUUCCAGCAGGGAUUUGAGUUCGUUUGGCUUCGAGUUGAUAUCAGCAAAGUUCUAAGCCUGUUUGGUGCCUUUCGAAAGGGGUUGCAAGGGACUUUGAGUUUAUCGUCAAGGGAGGUAAUUAUUGAUUGUUCGUGUGCUACACAUGGCGACCAGGCUUAUGUUCGAGAACUCAUGUGAAAUUGGGGUUUUCUCCAAGCUCACUAAUGCUUACUGCUUGGUUGCAAUUGGUGGCUCUGAGAAUUUCUACAGUGCCUUCGAAACUGAAUUAGGUGGUGUCAUUCCGGUUGUUAAAGCAUCUAUUGAUGGCACUCGCAUUAUUGGUCGUCUAUGUGCUGGAAACAAAAAUGGGCUUCUUGUACCACACACCACUACUGACCAAGAACUUCAGCACUUGCGGAACAGUCUACCUGACCAAGUUGUUGUUCAACGUAUACAAGAGAGAUUGUCUGCUUUGGGGAAUACGAUUGCUUGUAAUGAUCAUGUUGCUCUCACACAUACUGAUCUUGAUCGGGAAACUGAAGAGCUCAUUGCUGAUGUUCUUGGAGUAGAGGUUUUUAGGCAGACAGUAGCAGGCAACGUUCUCGUGGGAAGCUAUUGUAGUUUCACGAAUAGGGGUGGCUUGGUUCAUCCACAUACAUCUGUUGAAGAUUUGGAUGAGCUAUCAACUCUUCUUCAGGUCCCUUUGGUUGCCGGAACCGUGAAUCGUGGAAGUGAAGUGAUUGCUGCUGGAUUGACAGCAAAUGAUUGGAUUGCAUUUUGUGGUUCAGACACCACUGCCACCGAGUUAUCGGUCAUCGAGAGCGUUUUCAAACUGAGGGAGGCUCAACCAAGUUCCAUCGUUGAAGAAAUGAGGAAGUCGCUAAUAGACAGUUAUGUAUGAGGAAUAUCUUCUUCUCUAUACCUGAGAUAUUGCAAGCAAUUAAUUGUUAUUACCCUUCUCUUUUUUCUUCUGUUACAUUUAACAACUUUGUGAGUACGAAAUUCGACUUAUUGUGUUUUGGUUGAAAUUGGAAUCCAUUUUUGCUUAUAGAUGAAAA